AUGUUUAGUAAUAAAGUUUGGGUUUUAGAGAGUGAUAAUUUUAUAAAAGGUAUAAUUGCAGAUGGAAACAACUAUAUAAGUGAAGAAAAUGGUUAGAAAUUGAAUGGACAAGUGUGGGAAAGAUGUGAGGAUGUUUAAGCUGACAUGGUCAAUCUGGCUAUAAUUAAUGAUCCAUAACUUUUAUAUAACUUAAGUGAGAGAUAUAAAAAAGAUUAAAUAUUUACAUAUGUUGGACCAACUCUGAUUGUAAUUAAUCCAUUUAAAAGUCUAAAUGCAAAUCUUUAAGAAUAUGUAGAAUAUAUUAUUAGAAAACGUCAUAACUAUAAAUCUAUAGCACCUCAUACUUAUGCAAUUGCUGCAUAUGCUUUUACCAAAUUAGCUGAAAAAACCUAAGCGAUUGUUAUAUCUGGAGAAAGUGGAGCUGGCAAAACAGAAAAUGCAAGAUAUUGUCUUAAUCUAUUAACAAGUGUUAAUUCUGAAGAAACUGAAUUAUCUGAUAAGAUUAUGGGAUGUAAUCCAAUUUUAGAAGCAUUUGGUAAUGCAAAAACUAUUAGAAACAAGAAUUCCAGUAGAUUUGGAAAAUAUACAAGGCUUUUUGUUAAUCAAAAAUAAUAAAUUAUAGGUGGUGAUAUUGUAAAUUAUUUAUUGGAAAAGAGUAGAGUUGUUUCACAUUCUAAAACAGAUAGGAAUUUUCAUAUAUUUUAUCUAUUAUUUGGAAAUCCAAAAUAUUAAAGAUAAAAUUUUAAUUAUUUGGGCACAGAUAAUUAUUUCAGUUAGAAAUUUUAUGAUGAAUUGAUAUAAGGAUUCUCUACAGUUAAUAUUGAUGCUGAUGCUGUUUUUUAAGUUGUUUAUUCUGUUUUAUUAAUUGGAGAAUUAUAAUUUGAUGAUACUAAUUAUGGUAAUACUAAUCCUUGUAAUGUUAAAAAUGAAGAUCUUUUAAAAUAAAUAUGCUAAUUAUUGGAUUAUGAUUACAAUGAUAUUCUUAAAGCUUUAACCUUAAAGUAAGCUAUAUAUGGAAAAGAAAAGAUAUUAUCACCAAUUAAAUUAAUUGAUUGUUUAAGAAUAAGAGAUUCUUGGGCUAAGGAAAUUUAUGAAAGAUUAUUUAAUUGGAUUAUUGAAAAACUUAAUUAAACUUUGAUUACUAAACAAGAUAAAACAACAUAUAUUGGAUUAUUGGAUAUAUAUGGAUUUGAAGUUUUUGAUAAUUUUAAUGGAUUUGAAUAAAUGAUGAUAAAUUAUUCAAAUGAGAGACUUCAUUAAUUAUAUAUUGAAUAUGUAUUUAAAGAAGAGAAGAAAAUAUUUGUUAGAGAAGGUUUAGAAAAAUUCGUAGAUAGUAUUAAAUUUGAAGAUAAUACUUAAUUAAUUGAUAUGUUUGAUAAACCUCCUGUUUGUUUAUUUAAUCUUAUUGAUUAAGCUUGUAGAUUAAAUUAAACUGAUUAAUAAUUAUUACAAUCUUUUAGAAAAGAACUCAAAUUUGCAAAUUCAUAAAAACCUACAUUUACUAUAAAACAUACUGCCAAAGAUGUAGAAUAUACAUGCUAAGAUUUUGUAGAAAAAAAUCAAGAUGAAAUUCCUUAAUUAUUAUUAGAAGCAAAAUGCAAUAGUUAGAUGGUCUAAUUACAACCAAAGCCAAAAUCAAUUGUUGUAAAAAUAAAAAAUGAAAUGAAAAGUUUAAUGACAGAAUUGUAAUCAUGUGGUGUUCAUUUUAUUCGUUGUAUAAAACCAAAUGAUGAAUUGAUUCCAAAUAAAUUAGAUAAUAAAUAUGCUAUGAAAUAAAUUAGAUAUUUAGGUGUUUUAGAUUCAUUAAAAGUAAGAAAAGAAUCAUUUCCAAUUAGAGUCGAUUUUUGGAGAUUUUAUUUAAAAUAUAGAUUUAUUUAAGAGGGUGGAUUUUAGGAUCCAUUAAAUAAAGAUUAUAAAGCUUUGGAUUAAAAAAUGUUUUAAGAAUAAUUUAGUGAAUUGUCUAAGGAUUUAUACUUAUUUGGAAAUACUUAAAUCUUUAUUUAAGAAGUAGGAAUGACUCAAAUUGAUAAGAUUUACACUUCAUUAAUGAAAGAGAAGAAUGAAAAAGCUAGAUGUAUUUAAGCUGCUUUUAGAAGAUGUUAAAUGAGAGAUAAAUUUAAAAAAUUUAUGAGAAUGAUCAAAAGGGUUGCAAAAAAGAUUAAAAGAAAAUUAAGAAAAAUUUAAUUUAGAAAAAAGAUGAAAGCUGCUACUCUAAUUCAAAAAUUUUAUUUUAUGUACUAAGUUAGAAAAAAAUAAAAGUUAUUUAGAAAACAAAUUGAUUAUUUAAAAUAUGCAAUUUUAAGUAAAAUAUAAUAAAAGCAAUUUCAAAAAAAAGUAGAAUGUAUAAGAAAAAUAUAGAAAAAUUUCAGAAUAAGUAGAAUAUAAAAGAGAAUUAUGUAAUACUUAAAUAUUAGAAGAGUUUUGAAUAUUAUUAUUGAUAAUUCUUGGGAGUAAAUUAGAAUUAAAGCUGCCAUAACAAUAUAAAAAUAUUAUCGAGGCUAUUAUACUAGAAAAAGUCACAAAAAAGAAAUUUAAUAAAUCAAGGAAGUAGGAAGAAAAAUAAGAAUGGAAAAAAGAAUCAAAACAAUUUAGAGAUGGGCUAGAGGAUAUAUUAUAAGAGUAAGAUUAAGUAAAAUGCAUGAAGCGGCUUAUUUGAUUUAAGGUUAUUUCAGAAUGAAGCAUUUAAGUUGUGUAUUUUAGAGAAUGAGAUAGGCUGCUGUUAUAAUUUAAAGAAGAUUUAGAAUGAUAUUACCGAGAAGAAGAGAAUUAAAAUAAUAAUAUGAUCAAUAUAUUUCACCAUUAGAACAAUAAUUACAAUAAUAGAAAUUAUAGGAAGAAACUGAUUUAUUUGGAUUAAAAAUAGGUUAAAAAACAGAUUAUGAUUCAGCAUUAAUUUAAGGGAUGGAAUCAUUAAUAUAGCCAAAAAUAUAUUUAUUUGCUUUUAUUAUUGAUUUGGAAAUAAUCUCAGAUACUUCAGAUAGUUAUAAUGGAACAUUUGCAUCGAAUUACAAGGAUAUAUUUAUCUAAAGUUUCGAAAAGGAAAAUCCUUUGCAAUUUAUUUAGGUUGGUGAAAAUACAACAAUUGGGGCAUGUUGUAAUAAAUUGUAUGGUUGGGGUUUAAAUGAUAUGAGUUAAUUAGGAUUUACAUAAGAUGGAGAGAAACAUUACCCAACCUAAUUGAAUUUUAUGGGAAAAAUGAAAAAUAUAUCAAUGGGAUAAAAUCAUUGUUUAGUUUAACAAAAUGAUAAUAAGUUAUUUAUUUGGGGUUGUCUUUAACAUAAAUAUAUUUAGCAUCCUAAAUUAUUACACGAGAAUGCAGAAUUUAUAAAGGCUUAUAGAAAUAGAAUUUUAUAUAUAUCAGAAGGUAAAGUUUAUGAUUAAUUAAAAUGUAUAUAAAUGAAUGUAAAAAUAAUUUCAUUGUCAUGUGGAAGUUCAUUUACUAUAUUAUUAAGUGAAAAUGGUGGAUUAUAUUCUUAUGGAUAAAAUGAGAAAGGUUAAUUAGGAUUAGGUGAUAACAAAUCAAGAGAUCAAGUUGAAAGAUUGCCUAUUAAUGAAAAAAUUAUAUAGGUUGAAUGCGGAUAUAAGCAUGUUAUAGCUUUAAGUUCUUUGAAAAAAGUAUUUGUUUGGGGAUGUAAUGAGUAUGGAUAAUUAGGAACUGGUGAUUUUGAGAAUAUUAAAAAACCUAAGUAAUCAUAAAUGUAUGGUGAUUAAGUAAUGGCAGGAAUGAAAUGUUCUUGUGUACUAAAUAAACAAUUAUUUUGGUGUGGUACAAAUGGCACAAUUCUUAUGUAAUGUCAUUUUAAACCAUUUAUUUAAAAAUGUAAUUAUUUGAAUCGAAAGGAGUAUUAGAUUGUACGAGUACUCAGUUCAUAUUCUAAUAAUAUUUCAAUUAUAUAUUGUACUUAUGCUUGUCUACGUGGAUUAUUUGAUAAUAAUUUAGGAAAGGGCUUCUAAGUUAUUAAAAAUCUAACAAAUAAUUGGGUUUAAAAUGGAAUAUGGACAAUCGAUCCUCCUUAUGUCGAAAGUUUGAGUAAUUAUAUGUGUGAGAGACAUUAAAUGAAAAAUAGUAAAAUUAAUUCAAAUGGGAGCUAAAACAAUAAUUAAAAAAUAAUGUAAAAGAAAUAACAGUUAUAGUAAAUAUAAUCUUUACCAUAUGAAAAAUUGUGUAAAAUAGAUUUAGAUUUAUAUUUUUGA